AUGUCCGCCGAUAACGAAUCUGAAAAGGCAAAGCCAUUAAUAUUAAUCUCAACAACAACAACAACAACAAUAAGAGAUGAGGGACUCCCCAUUCCACAAUCUGAACAUCCAUCGCAGUUCUCUACCACAGCGGAAAAAACGCCUGACACCCCACCGUCCAUAAAUAACAACAACAACAACAACAACAACAAUAAUAAGAGUGAAGAGCGUAGUAACUUCUUACCCCAGAAAUUACUUUCAUCCCUUCCCUUCUUCUCUUCACCUCCAGCAACAGCAACAACAACACAAUCAUCAUUAACGCAAUCAUCAUCAUUAACACUAUCUUCGCAAUUGGCAGAUCUCCUGCGGGCACAUAAAGAGCGCCAGUCGGAGCUGCACGCCGCCGGCCAACAGGCGUGGGAAGAUGUGCGGCACUACUCACACACCGCCUGCGACGCCAUCGCCGCGAGUGCCAACGCCGAAGUGUCCGCAGCGUUUCGGCGGGAAAAACAAAUUGAGGCGGAAUUAAAAGAAAUCGCCGCACGAUCUGCGCAGUUGCAGCGGCGAAUGACGGCAUGGGCCGCGUUGUUUGCAAAACUCAACGUGGAACUGAAAGAGAUGGGCGAUGUGGCCAACUGGGCGAGACGUACAGAGGAGGAUCUCACAGCCACAGUCCACGUGCUGGAGGAACUCUCAGAGCGGAAGCGACGGGCAUUGGGAAUGCAGUGA